AUGGUGGUUCAACAGCACGUCUUGAACUGGCUGUACAGUGUUCUUACAAGUGAAUAUCACGACGUCAACCGGACCUACAACGACGUUGCCCAGGCGUUAUCUCAGUACCCAUCGCUAUCCCCUCGCACUGAUGUUCACACCUUUCCGAACGGUGCAUCGGCCCUGCUUCUCCUCCUCUCGGGGACGAUUCCUGUCCUGUUCCGCGGCACGGCAUAUCGCUUCCCAAUCUCAAUAUGGGUGCCUCACGCGUAUCCCCGCGAAGCCCCGCUGGUCUACGUGACCCCGACGGAGACCAUGAUGGUGCGACCGGGACAACACGUCGAUCCACAAGGUCAGGUCUAUCAUCCCUACCUUGUUGGGUGGUCGACGUUCUGGGAUAAAUCUACGAUUUUAGACUUCCUCGCAAUAUUGCAAGACGUCUUUGCCAAGGAGCCGCCAGUUGUCGCCCGCCAGCAGCCACGACCGCCUCCGCCUCAGCAACAGACCCCUACCCCCCCCCCUGUUCCUCCGCUCCCGCCGGACCUUGCCCCACGACCAGCUAGUCAAAUCCAAAGCGCACCCCCAGAUACUCCCCCGAGGCCGCCACAACCACCUCCCAAGCCCAGGACACGGAUCGAGGCUCAGCCGCAGCCGUUCCCGACACCGCCCCAAACCUCCGGCCCUCCUGUCCCUCCGCCGCCGCCGAAAGUCGGCGGUCCCGCCGGUCAGAAUGUCACGGAAGGACCAGGAAUACCGCACGAUCAGCGCCCAAGGCCUGGGCCGUCCCGCUAUGAGACCGCUCCUCCGCUCCCGCCCCAGGCUUCACCGGAAGCGCGGCCUCCGUAUCCUCCACCUGGUCCUCAUCUCGCGCACCACGCUCAGUACCAGGUACCCUCUCCCGCAGCCGGGUCUCCACCCGGCCCGUCACAGGCUGCCUUCCCCGCAGCUGAUCCCAGACGGCUAUCAACCUACGCUCAACCGCAACCUCCACAUCAGUACAAUACACCCCCACCGCCAGUCGCAACCUGGCAGCAACCCCCCGUCCCCGUGCCCGUCCAGCCGCAACCCCAACCCAAACCGCCUCCUCCUCCCGACCUGAUGGACGACGACCUAACCCUCCCAAUCCCCUCCCCAUCCACCGCCCCACCACCACCCAUCCCACCCAACCCCGAAAAGGACAUGCUCCUGCACCAACUCGCGCAGACCCUUUUCUCCAUGCGCCAGCGCGCCCGCGCCCAAAACGAAGCCUCCCUAGCCGGCCUGCAAGCCCAACGCGAAGCAAUGCUCAACGCAGCAACCAAGCUCCAAGCCGAAUCCUCCCAACUAACCCAACUCUCGGCCCUCCUCACCUCCAACACGGCCAUUCUGCAAGACAGCCUGCGGCGAGCCGACCGGGUGAUUGAGAGCUCGUCCCGGCACCCGGCGCCCGACAUUGACGAGCUGCUGGUUGCUCCCACGGUGGUGGGGAACCAGCUGUACGAGCUGGUGGCCGAGGAGCGGGCGCUGGCCGACGCCAUAUUCGUGCUGGGGCGGGCGGUGGAGCGGGGCCGGAUCGCGCCGCAAAUGUUUGCCAAGAUGACGCGCGGCUUGGCGAGGGAGUGGUACUUGAAGAAGGCGCUCGUGAAGAAGAUUGGCGUGGGCAUGGGUUUGUCGACUUGA